CCCCCUCAUUCCGGGAGCCUCGCUCCUCCUCGGGCGUCAAGUGCGCGCGCCCGCCCGCCCGGGCACAGGAUCGCCUCCCUGCCUCCCUCCCUCGCGCGGCGCACGCUGCAGCCCCUUCGCCGCCACUGCGGGGUUGCUGCGACAGCCCUCCCGGGCUGAGGCGGGGAUUCUGCGGGGCCGGGGGAAGCAGCAGCAGCAGCAGCAACAAGGAGCAGCAAUAGCAGCAGCGAGUGGGGAUCGGCGGCGGCGGCGGCGGCAGCGGCAGCAGCAUCUCCUCGGCCGGCUGCUCGAGUGGCUCCGCUUCCCUUCCCGAGGUCGUGAAAGGCAGCUGAAUUGUGUUAGGUGUACUCUACCUGGGCCAUGUCAUCUAUAUUGCCCUUCACCCCGCCGGUUGUGAAGAGACUGUUAGGGUGGAAGAAAUCCGCUGGCGGCUCAGGAGGUGCUGGUGGAGGUGAGCAGAAUGGGCAGGAAGAAAAGUGGUGCGAAAAAGCAGUGAAAAGUUUGGUCAAGAAGCUCAAGAAGACGGGACAACUGGAUGAGCUUGAAAAAGCAAUCACUACCCAGAACUGCAAUACAAAAUGUGUUACAAUACCAAGCACUUGCUCUGAAAUUUGGGGACUGAGUACACCAAAUACGAUAGAUCAGUGGGAUACCACAGGCCUAUACAGCUUCUCUGAACAAACCAGGUCUCUUGAUGGCCGCCUCCAAGUGUCCCAUCGUAAAGGAUUGCCGCAUGUCAUUUACUGUCGCUUGUGGCGCUGGCCUGACCUACACAGCCACCAUGAACUUAAGGCCAUUGAAAACUGUGAAUAUGCUUUUAAUCUUAAAAAGGAUGAAGUGUGUGUAAAUCCUUACCAUUACCAGAGAGUGGAGACUCCAGUUCUGCCUCCUGUUUUGGUACCACGGCACACUGAGAUUCUGACUGAACUUCCUCCUCUUGAUGACUACACUCAUUCCAUUCCUGAAAACACUAAUUUUCCAGCAGGAAUUGAACCACAAAGCAAUUACAUACCAGAAACACCACCCCCUGGCUAUAUCAGUGAAGAUGGGGAAACAAGUGACCAGCAGUUGAACCAAAGCAUGGAUACAGGAUCGCCGGCAGAGCUGUCUCCUAGUACACUCUCUCCUGUCAAUCAUAGCCUAGACUUGCAGCCAGUUACCUACUCGGAGCCUGCCUUUUGGUGUUCAAUAGCAUAUUAUGAACUAAACCAGAGAGUAGGGGAAACUUUCCACGCAUCGCAACCGUCGCUUACCGUAGAUGGCUUCACGGACCCAUCCAACUCCGAACGAUUCUGCCUAGGUUUGCUCUCCAACGUUAACAGAAACGCCACGGUGGAAAUGACAAGACGGCACAUAGGAAGGGGAGUGCGUCUGUAUUAUAUCGGUGGGGAAGUUUUUGCCGAGUGCUUAAGUGAUAGUGCAAUCUUCGUGCAGAGUCCCAACUGUAACCAGAGAUACGGCUGGCAUCCGGCCACCGUGUGCAAAAUCCCACCAGGUUGCAACCUGAAGAUCUUCAACAACCAGGAAUUUGCUGCUCUUCUGGCUCAGUCUGUGAAUCAGGGCUUCGAAGCCGUCUAUCAGCUGACCCGCAUGUGCACCAUCAGGAUGAGUUUUGUGAAAGGAUGGGGAGCUGAAUACAGGCGUCAAACGGUAACAAGCACUCCUUGUUGGAUUGAGCUGCACCUGAACGGGCCUCUACAGUGGCUGGAUAAAGUAUUGACUCAGAUGGGGUCUCCCUCAGUGCGUUGCUCUAGCAUGUCGUAAUCUCGGAGGGCCCAGAAGUCCUGGCAACGGCUCGUUCUGUCGCAGUCAACGCGUGCGUGGUCUCCAUGAACUGUUUUCCUAUCCAAAAAAAGUUCUGAGAGAAAGAGAGAGAGAGAGAGAGAGAGAAAGCACUUGAGAAUCUCAUCAGUUUUCAAGCACCUUGGGAUUUUGUUUCUUAUACUCUGAUACUAGGUGAAACGUUAGUGUAUAGAAACACCUUCUCCUGAAGGAGGGAGGGACAUUUAAAGACUUUUAACGGUGUUUUUUUUUUUAUUGGGUAUAUAUAAAUCGAGUGUCCUACAGGUUUACCAAUAACAUGGAGAAGUACAGUUUUAGCAAUAGGUCAAGAAGCCUCUCCCAAGUGUGGCACCAUUUUUGCAGUCCUAGUUAACAAGUUGUCCACUGGUAGAUGUACGGAGCUCCGGCUUAAGCAGACAUCUCAUAAAAAGCCUAAAUACUUGGUUCUCCAUAUUUUUUUAUAUUUUUGUAUACAUAUCGGUGUGCGUGCAGGCUUUUUUACACUGUCUUGAAGUGCUUGUUACAGAAAGCUUCCCGUUCCAUUCUCUUCAACUGCUGACCAGAGAGAGAGAGAGAGAUUAAAUGUUGGGUUUUAUCCCCUGAAAACUUGAGGGAACCAAACACGUUCCAAAUAAAUUUCUUAACCUUCCUCACUCUUCAAACGAUCAAAUCCCAGCUUGAAAUUGGGACACGCCCCUGUCCAUUCAGCAAAUGCAUUUGUUGCCGGCAGUCGCUGCUGUCGUCCUUCAGAUUCUCUUUGUAUCAUUUAUGCACUAACGGAGUAGUGUAAUUGUAGGUCAGUUCGGUUUUUAUAACCAAUGAAGCAAAUCACAUUUUCUCUUAACCGGUGAAUCAAUCAGCUUUCUCCCUCACCCCCUUUGCUGCCUCCAAGACCCGAAUGUUUAUAUAAUCCAUGAUUAGUAGAUUUUGCUCCCGGUUUCAAAUCCUACUUAAGAAAGACAGCAGGAUAUUCUUCGAACGAGAUUGUCGGGUACGGCUUGACUGAUCCAUCCUUCCCUAUCGGGAAGAGAGCUUGUGUUCCCUUCCUUAAAUGUCUCCAUCAGCCCUCUUAUCUCAGGGGUCUCCAACCUUGGCAACUCUAAGACCUGUGGACUUCCAGCUCCCAGAAUUCCUUAGCCAGCAAAGCAAAGCUGGCUGAGGAAUUCUGGGAAUUGAAGUCCACAGGUCUUAAAGUUACCAAGGUUGGAGACCCCUGCUCUAUCUAAUACACCAUCGGAUGUUAACAGUGGGCCUGCAAAAGCCUGCCUACUUCCCUGAAAAUAGUAUUUUUAUGACGUGUUUGCUUGCUGGGCUUCUAAAUCAAAUCGACGAAGGGGAAGGCCAAGCAGGUGACUUGCUUUCUUCUGUUAUUUCCCCCAAGUCUUCCUUCUGCCGCAUCUGGAGUCCGAGGGGAAGGAAGGGCGUGAGGAGGGGAGAAGUGAGGCCGCUUCACAAUUUCCUUCUUACAGAUGGCGGAACAGGCAUUUUCUGGGUGGGUUGUAUAAAGGGGCAAUUUCACCAAAGGUUUCUUUCUUUCUUUUUUUUUCUUUUUUGUUUGUUUGUUUUUGAACUGUAGAAUUGAGCCACCAGCGUCCAUGAUAGGAUCUUGUGCAGAAGCCGCAACGGCGGCUUCUGCGGGUUGCUUAUUGCUUGACCAAAGGAAACAAUCUUCAGAGUUACAUGUUAGGGUGAAUCUUAGGACACUCCUACAUCUGGACCUUGCUUUAAAAAAAAAAAAGUAUUUUGAAUUAUAUUCUACAGAUACAUCUGGGUUGGGUAAGGGUUGGGGAAACUUGUACAGAAGGAUUCUUCUGACUUGAAAAGUAUACAUCUUACUAACACAUCUUGUGAUCUAGCUGUCUGUCCUCUUUGUCGUGGCAGUAGCAGGAUUGCUUUUUGUUUCUUUCCUACUUCUCCCCAUCCCCACCCCCCCUCCGAAACCCCUGCCCCCCCCCCUUAAAAAAAGUUACUUUGCACUAGCCUUGUACUUCGUAAGUACACCUAGUGGCAAUUCGAACUUUGACAACUAACGUCUGGCCAGUGUUAAGCUUUGUCAUCAGCUGCCUGAACCUGAAAGGCAACGAGGGAUGUGUUUUUUAUUUUUAUGCCGUAACAAAAUAGGGCAUAAGAGCAAUACCAAAAAGUUUUUAAAAAAAUAACGCCGGUGGGGAGGGUGGGUUGGAAACCCAAGUGUGGGCCGGGGCAAUUCAGAAGAAGCAUUGGGCAAAGAGUUACCAAUUUGUGUAGUUUUACCAGUAGCCUCAUGUAUUGGUAGAACUUGUAAAACUUAAAAAGAGGGAAGCUUUCAUCUGUGUUGCAUUUGCCUAAUAUGUGAAUACACUAAUAAAAGUUUUAAUUCUCA